CGAGCUUAACGUUCGACACGCCAGUAGACGAUUCACAUAGGGUUCCACGUUGACACCGAAUUCGUUUGUGUGCAAAUCCGUUCUUUCGUUUUUCGAAAGUGCGUGUUCCAUAAACCGUGGAAGACUGGAUCUACUGGAGUAGCGGAGGUUAUCAACAACAUUAUCGCUGUUUCCGAUACAUGAUAAUACACAUAAUCAUAACUACACGAUUACAGGUGACCGCAUGGAUGUAACUAUUUAUUAGUAAAUGGACACGUAUCGAUUGUGACGUUGUAGUCGGAUCGGACUUUAUGAAAAGUGUUUGUUACAGAUGCCAUAGAAUGGAAAGAAUAUGGAGGCUGCUACAAGUGGCUUCCUUUCUCAUACCGUUACUACAAAACGUAUUAUCAGAUAACUCAGACGUGUUUGAAAAUGGAAAAUCAGACAAAGAGAUACUUGAUGAUUUAGUGGACCCAAACAGAUAUGACAAAAGGUUAUUGCCACCAGUGGAUGAUCAAGAUUUUUGCUGUGGAAUGAAAACACCUCAAGACGUAAGAGUAAUACUUCCUUCGGCCAACAAACAUCCUAUUCGUAAAAGACCUUUAUUAGUAAAUGUCAGUGUACUGUUACUCAGUCUGGCCUCACCCGACGAGUCUAGUUUGAAGUACGAAGUUGAAGUUUUACUGCAACAACAAUGGUAUGAUCCUCGUUUACGGUAUUCAAACCAAAGUCGGUAUGAUUUUCUAAAUGCUAUUCACCACCACAAUGAUAUUUGGGUACCAGACACGUAUUUCAUCAUGCACGGCGAUUUCAAGACAUCACUAAUACCAGUACACUUUUCUCUGAGGAUCUAUAGGAACGGCAGUGUUCAUUAUUUGAUGAGACGCCAUUUGAUUCUGUCAUGCCAGGGUAUAUUGAACAUAUUUCCGUUUGAUGAUCCGCAGUGCACGUUUUCAAUGGAAAGCAUAUCAUAUGAAAUGUCAGCUAUAAAAUAUGUAUGGAAAAAUGAUGAAAGCACGUUGAAGAAGUCACCAUCGUUAAAAACUUUAAACGCAUACUUAGACCGAAAUCAUACGACUGAAUGUCCAUCUACUGGCAGUUGGAGAGGUAACUAUAGCUGCCUUGAAGUGAAUUUGAUUUUUACCAGAGACAGAGCAUUCUAUUUUACUACGGUUUUCAUACCUGGUAUAAUAUUGGUAACUUCAUCAUUUAUCACGUUCUUUCUUGAAUGGAAUGCCGUGCCAGCAAGAGUAAUGAUAGGCGUAACUACAAUGUUGAAUUUUUUCACCACAUCGAACGGUUUCCGAAGUACUCUGCCAGUAGUAUCAAAUUUAACUGCCAUGAACGUUUGGGAUGGCGUAUGUAUGUGUUGUAUAUACGCCAGUUUAUUGGAAUUCGUAUUAGUAAACUACGUGGGACGAAAACGUUCAGAUUGGCCGUUGCCCAUUGUAUACCAAAAUAAAGAUCAAGACUACAAACAAACAACGCAAAGUGACAAGACCCAAGGGGAAUGUUCCAGUUGUGAGCAAGGGGCGUGCACACAUUCGUUAUUACACAACACCUGUCCAUCAAAAACAGAAGAACAAAAUAUUAGAAGCAAUGGCGGCAAGAAGCGUAAAAUGCCACCACACCCAAUACGGAUUGCUAAGACCAUCGACGUUAUCGCUCGCAUCACAUUUCCUACGGCAUACGCAGUGUUUCUAAUAUUCUUCUUCAUUCAUUACACUAGUCAUCCAAGUCAUUAUUCCCAAUAGACAUAUUAUUAUGUAUUAUACGGGUGGCUCAAGAAGCUCAACGUUUAUAUAUAGCAAUAUAAUAAUAAUUUGAUAUAA